UUUUUUCCCCGCAAGAGGGAUGAGCUGGUGUGUGAAAGGAGCAGAAAUCAGCCGUUCUGCUCGUGGCUGCUCCGUGCCAGGGUCCCGAUGAGCGCGGCUGCUCGGGCUGGGGGGAGAUGUGUGCGCGGCGCCCGGCGCACACGGGCAUUUGCAUUUCAAAUCGGCUGAGUCAACACAAUGUAAUGGUCCUGCCUGCAGGUCCUUAGAGAGCCACAGUAGCUGACAAUGUGUGCUUAAAGGGAGGGUCUGCUUUUCUUCGUCUUCUUUUUUUUUUUUUUAAUUUUUUUUUUUUUUUAAGCCGGUUUCCAUAGCCAAUAGUACCGUUCCAGGCGCCUGCACCGGAGCUGUUUAGCAGAUGAUUACCCCGUCACGGCGGCCGCGAUUUUGUUUUAUUUUAUAAACACCGUUCAUCUGGACGGGAAAAAAAGAAACCAAAAAACCAAAACAAACCCCAAAACCGAACAACAACCCGCCGCCAAAACUGGCAACGCUUCAGAGAGGAGAAGCUGCCGAAGUGUUCGUGCCUGUGCUGCCACUGAUGCGAGCAGCUGUUCCCAUCUGCAGUGCAGCACCGCAGCCUCCACAGAGCCGGAGCUGCCGGGGCUGCUCGCCGGGGGGAUUCCGCAGGAAGCCGGCCUUGCUGUCGCCUAGCCCCGAGCCCAGGGCACGCUGAGGAUGGGAGGCUCGCAGUCCCUGCAGCAGGCACAGCCAGGUGGCCUGGUCCGGGAGCCGUCUGAGGCCAUGAGCUCUGACUCUGAAGAAGCAUUUGAGACCCCGGAGUCCACUACACCUGUCAAGGCACCACCUUCACCUCCACAGCCUCCCCCUGAAGCAGCAGCAGCAGCAGAAGUGGUUGCAGACGUAGCAGAGCAAGAAAUAAAACCUCAGCUGCCUGUGGAAGAUACAGGGCUGUGUGCAGAAGCUGAGCCCGUAACCGAUGUGUCACACAGCGAGCCAGUUCAGGAGAGCCCCUUCCGUCCCCCCUGCCACUCCUUCUCCACUGUCUUCGACGAGGACAAGCCCAUAGCCAGCAGCGGAACCUACAACUUGGAUUUUGAUAACAUUGAGCUGGUUGAUUCUCUCCAUGCCUUAGGACCGAGCUCUGCAGAGCCCAAGAAUCGUGACCCCAAAGCAAAUGUCCGGAGAAAAUCCACGGAUUCAGUCCCGGUGUCCAAAUCCACAUUGUCUCGGUCCCUCAGCCUGCAGGCCAGUGAUUUUGAUGGAGCAUCUUUCCUUGGCAACUGUGAGACGUUAGCACCCUCAGCAGAUGCCUACGGUACUGGUUCCAGCAGUGCUUCCAGUACCCUCAAGAGAACAAAAAAACCCAGACCAGCUUCCUUAAAAAAGAAGCAGUCAGCCAAAAAACCUCUGGAUGCUCCACUGGUGAAGGAAACCCCACAAGAACCUCCCGAGCUUGGCCAAGCAGCUUGUGAGGACAAAGCACCUGAGGCGAAGGCUGACUCAGCAAAGCCUGAAUGUACUGAACCUUCCAAAGUCUCUGCUGAGAAAGAGGAGGCCCCGUCUGUGCCUGAAGGGUCCGAGCCCUCGGAUCUGCACCGUUUGGAAGGGAUUGGUGCAUUCGGCUCCGGGGGCAGCAAGGUGCAGAACUCCCCCCCUGGCAGCAGGAAAACGCUGCCUCCAACCACGGCCCCCGAGGCUGUGGAGGUGACUCCACCAGACACCGGGGGACAGGAGGACCCUCCCGUCAAAGCAGUGAGGCUGGAGUUUGACUAUUCCGAGGAGAAAGGGGGGAGUGAAGAGCAGCAGGAGAGCGCUCCUCCUCCCAAAAAAGCAGGGAAAAAGCCUGGUGCUAAAAUGCCGCUCCGGAGGCCAAAGACUAAAAAGCCGGUGGAGAAGCUUGACAAUGCUCCGACCACCCCAACCAAGUCGCCCACUGAUCCAAACGAAAUCCCCAUCACUAAAGGCUCUUACACUUUUGAUAUCGACAAGUGGGACGAUCCCAAUUUUAACCCCUUCUCAUCCAGUUCAAAAAUGCAGGAAUCUCCCAAACUGCCUCAACAAACGUACAGCUUUGAGCCGGACAUGUGUGAGGACUCCAUUGAUCCUUUCAAGACUUCUUCUAAGAUUGCCAGCUCGCCUUCCAAAUCUCCAGCUUCCUUUGAGAUACCAGCCAGUGCCAACGAAACAAACGGGACAGAAGGAGACAGCCUGAACAAACCUGCCAAGAAGAAGAAGACGCCAUUAAAAACUGAUACAUUUAGGGUGAAAAAAUCACCAAAAAGAUCUCCACUAUCUGAUCCUCCUUCUCAGGAUCCCACUCCACUGCCAACUCCAGAAACACCUCCUGUCAUCUCCACGGUGGUUCACGCCACGGAUGAGGAGAAGCUGGCGUCCUCUGUGACGGGGCAGAAAUGGACCUGCAUGACUGUGGACCUGAACACGGACAAGCAGGACUACCCUCAGCCCUCUGACCUGUCCACCUUUGUCAAUGAGACCAAGUUCAGCUCUCCCACAGAGGAAUUGGAAUAUGGCAACUCAUAUGAAAUAGAAUAUAUGGAGAAAAUAGGCUCCUCUGUGCCUCAGGAUGACAGCACCCAGAAGAAGCAGUCCUUGUACCUAAUGUUUGAUGCCCAGCAGGAGAGCCCAGUGAAAUCACCUCCCCUCAGAUUGUCUGACUCCACAACUCCCUGCUCAGGGUCGAGUUUUGAAGACCCCGAAGCCCAGCAGUCCUCGGGCAUGAAAAUCCCACACCCAGCGUCCCGAGUCCUCGCUGCCAGCCAGGAGGCACAUCUACAGUCCCCUGACAAGGCCAAGCAGAAGGACCUGGAGCCCAUGACUCUGGGAACAACUCCAGAGACCAUUGAAAUCGCUUCUCCUGAAGACUCCUUUGUCUCUGCUGAUGCUCUUCUCAAUAGGAUAUCUAAGAAAGCCUCAUUAUGUGAUCAGCCUGAAUAUCUAGAUCCUGACCUGGCAGAAAAGAACCCCCCAGUAUUUGCUCAGAAACUUCAGGAGGAGCUAGAGUUUGCUGCCAUGAGGAUAGAAGCUCUGAAGUUAGCCAGGCAGAUUGCCCUGUCCUCCCUGCGCUCCAAGAGAGAACCUGCUGUCCCAGCAGAUGUUUCCAUCUCCAAAAGUGCUCUGUACUCCCGCAUCGGUGCCUCAGAUGCAGAAAGCACCACGGCUCUGCUCUACCCCCAGCAGGACCUGGACUCUGCACUACGACUGGCCAGGGCAGAGAUUGUGGCCAAGGACAGGGAAGUAUCUGAGUGGAAAGAGAAAUAUGAAGAAAGCAGAAGGGAAGUGAUGGAAAUGAGAAAAAUAGUUUCGGAAUACGAGAAGACGAUUGCUCAGAUGAUAGAGGAUGAACAGAGAGAGAAAUCUGUCUCCCACCACACUGUUCAGCAGCUCAUAGUGGAGAAGGAGCAAGCUCUGGCCGAUCUGAACUCAGUGGAGAAAUCCCUGGCAGAUCUUUUCAGGAGAUACGAGAAGAUGAAGGAGGUCCUGGAGGGGUUUCGGAAGAAUGAAGAAGUGUUGAAGAAAUGUGCGCAGGAAUAUUUGUCACGAGUGAAGAAGGAGGAGCAGAGGUACCAGGCACUCAAAAUUCAUGCUGAGGAAAAACUGGACAGAGCCAAUGCUGAAAUUGCACAAGUGAGAGGCAAGGCCCAGCAGGAGCAGGCAGCGUACCAGGCCAGCCUUCGCAAGGAGCAGCUCAAAGUGGAUGCCUUGGAGAGAACACUGGAACAAAAGAAUAAAGAGAUAGAAGAAUUAACAAAGAUUUGUGAUGAACUGAUUGCCAAAAUGGGGAAAAGCUAACUUUUAACCAAAUUUCUGGACUUCAAUACUGAGUGCAAUAUGACCAUUGGCACACUGAUGUCCAUACAUUUAUGUGGACAGGUUAUAUUUUCACUUUUUCGUAUGCACUACUGUAUUUUCUUUCUAAAUAAAGUUGAUUUAAUUGUAUGCAGUACUAAGAUGACUAUCAGAAUUUCUUGCUAUUGUUUGCAUUUUCAUAGUAUAAUUCAUAGCAAGUUGAUCUCAAAGUUCCUGUAUCAGGGAGAUUGUCAAGUUCUCUAAGAAAAUACAAAUUGCUGAUCCUAGCCUUCCCUUUGUACAUGAGUUCCCAUGUUGGAUGUCUUUUGGAUUUAAUAUAAACAUGUAUUACUUGCAUGGGGACUCUUGCCUUAAGGAAUGUAAACUUUAUCUGCAUUUGCUGAUUUGUAAAAUAAAAUCUAAAAAAAAAAAAAAAGAAGGAAAGAAAAUGCAUGUCACAAAUGAAAUUCUCUAUUGUAAAUAAAUUUUUUCGUUGA